ACCUUGACAAUUAUGUAUUCCACUUCCGGAUGUAAAGAAUAUUAUAAAAUUAUUUAAUAAAUUUGUUACGUCUAGGGAAACUUUCAUGAUGAACCGUUCCGAUAAAAUGUAUGCAGAUUCUAUUGUCAGAAAUCUGGGCAUUUAUUUAAAAACUUAUAAUUUUUCGAACCAUUAGGAUUAUCUAUAUGAAUUUUAGUUAGUCAUUUUAUUAACUUAUAUGAACUUUAACGUUUUCCUUUUUUCCUUAGUAAUAAACCAUGAUAUCGUUAGACUAAUGCCCGUUUCCUCCGACGUGGUUUAAGCCUGGUUCAAUUUUUUAAAUAUAGUUUUAAUUAAGAUGGGGUGAUCGGAGUCUUAAGUUCGAUUAACAUCGGAGGAAACGGGCAUAAAUCAGGUCAUCGUACACAUAAUGUCGUACUUAUCAGUGUCCGACAGGAUGUCGGCAGGUUUGGUCAAUCAACAUUGGCAUGAAGCUUCUCUCGACAGUCGAUUUGUCGACAAGCAAGCCGUAAUACUGAACCGACAAGGUGCUGCUGAUAACUUACAAGAAGUCCUCAAUAUUCUGCAAAAUUCCGUCAGACCGUUUUAUCACUUCAUCUUCAAUGAAAUGGAGCUACGCCGAACGAUGCCUUUCUGGGAGCAAUAUGGACCGGAUAUGCGUAGCUUAAUCCUGGUAUGCUGUGACCUCAGCGAAAGGACACUCGUUGCUAUCCUGAACUAUUGUGAGAGCUUGAGGAAGCUUCAUAUCAAUGCUUGUCGUGAAUGUCUAAUGUCAGGUCGACUGCUGGAUGACGAGAACGACGUUAAAGAGCUCUCGUCGAAGUUCCAAAGUCUACACGAGCUUAGUCUUGCAUCUAAUAGAUACCUGAGCGAUGCUCUGUUCAAUAGGCUCGUCGCCAUCUGUCCAAAUUUAGAUUCGCUCAGUUUAAUGGGAUGUCAGAUUUCAUUUCACGUUGGUCUAUAUAAGAAAUUCUAUCCUGAUAAUGGAUUUCGGAUACAAGCAUCUGAAUCUGUCCUCACAUUCCCUAAUGUUCUUCGUUAUAUAACGCAGCAGAGCAAACGCCUGAAACAUUUGAAUUUUGGUUGCACUUUGAUAGACGGAACAGCAUUGGCAUCCUUGUCAACGUUAAAAGAUUUGAAAUUAGAAUCCUUGAAGCUUCACGCCUGCGAACAACUGACUUACACGGGGAUCCGUACUCUUUUGGAACAUCAAACCACUUUAAGAGUACUGGAUGUUAGUUUCUGUACACGAGUGACAGAUAUCAGUUUAAUUUGUAUCUGUAAAUCCUUGAAGAACCUGGAAGUUCUGAAUAUCCGACGGUGUCGUGCCGUUACUGCACAUGGUAUUCGGGAAAUACGUAAUCUAGAGAAAUUAAAAGAAUUGGAUAUAUCUGAAUGCGAACAACUCACUGGGGAAUGUAUUACUGAUGGUUUGUGCUCCAUAAAAAUAGAUACUGAUAGUGGCAAUAGUGAUCCCAAUGAAGAUUCUGAAAAUGUCAAUCCAAAUUCAUUUAAUGUAACAAGUAAUUUUAGUGAUAAUAAACAACCGCUUAAUAGGAACUUAGAGAGAUUUUCUGCAAACGCGUUAAAUCUAGAUGAGAAGUCUAUUGAACUUAUUGCAAUGAGCUUUCCCAAGCUACGGCUACUGGGUGUUGGAUAUUGUUUUAGUGCAGUUACAGAUAAGACCAUACAGACAAUAUUUGAAAAGCUGAUACUGUUAAGGUCCUUGAAGAUAAGUCGCUGUGAUAAAGUUAGUGAUUUAGGUCUUACUGGUAUGGGAGCUGGCAACAAAGAAAAUAUCAAGAAGGUAAUGAUUGUAAACACACAACAAGUUCCACGGUCAAACCUCAGAAUAAGCUUACGGUCCAGAGCUGAGGAAGAAAUAGUACGAGAUGCUAAGAGGAAGAACGAAGUGAUGCAGAUGUGUGGCGACCUCAUUACUUCAUUGGAUGAUGAACAUUGCUCAGGAUUCUCUUUAACGAGACUCAGAGGACUAACAGAAUUGAAUCUUGCUGGAUGUAACAGAAUAACCGAUGUUAGUUUGAAGUACGCAUUUACAUUUCCGGAACUCAGGAUAUUAGAUCUGAGCAUGUGUCAACAGGUAACACAUGUUGGAUUAGAUUUUCUUACAAAAAAUAAUCCAGCAAUUGAAGAUUUGAAUCUAUCUCAGUGUCACAAUCUGACAGAUACUGGUAUUUCCUAUGUAGCAAAAAGGCUACGUAGACUCAAACGUGUUCAUCUUCAGAGCUGCUCACGGUUAACGGACCAUAGCUUGGACUCCAUAAAAUUGUAUUGCAACUCCUUAAAAUACUUGGAUGUUCGUUGCUGUCAAGGAAUGUCUAUGGCUGGGAUAGAAAAUCUGUGUCACUUACAUGUGGAGUAUACGAAACAUUCAGAUGUCAUAAUGCAUAACAAAGUGCCACCACCUGCGCCGCCCAUUCGCAGAUAGCCAAUAACUCGACUGUUCCGGUUAAAAAUAUGUGGCCGGAACCGUUAAGUUACUUUGAGUAUUAGCAAAUACUCAUAUGCAGAUUAUUAGUACUUGCCACAUGAAUAUUGUCAAGUUUUAAAACAACAGGGAAAGUAGAUGUCUUAUGACCAUAGAGAUUAAAUUCCUGAAAUGCAUAGUCCUUAUCGAUGUCCUUAUAUAAUAGUUUGCAUUUGACAUUUAAUGACACCACAAGGAAAUUAGAAGAAAAAGAGUUACUACAAUAGGAAAAAUUAGACCGAUACCAGUGGCAUACAGUAUUUGACAAUUUUUGUUGCGUCAUUAUUUUUUAUUUAAUAACUACAUAUUUUAAUAAAUUAAUGCUUUUGUAAAUAAUUUCCUCUCCUUAACGUAUUCUAUUCUAAUACUCUAUAUUUACAUGCUCGUACUUUAUAAAUACGCUUUUCUAUCAUCUCAAAUUAAUAUUUUGUAUACGACUCUCAGGAAUGGAAUUGCAAUUGUAAAGUAGAAUUGUAAAAUAGAAAAAAAAUAAGACAACUCAACGAAGGCAACAGUGAAUGAUCUGCACGUUUGUUUUCAUUGUGACUCCUUUAAGGAGUCGACAAAUAUUUUUAAACAAAUUAUAAGACUAUCAAAUUUUCAUUUCACAUCUCGCAGUGUAAACUAUACAUACAUCAAUUCCAUUCUAGGUCCUUAGAACUCUAUUUCAUAUAGUACAAAAUCAUUGCAAAAUACAGUCAGUAACCGAAAGUAUUCAUCCAUCGAACCUCUUUCGUAAAUGAUGAAGAUAACUUGAGAGUACUAAGAGGAAUGUAACUUAGUUUAUACAUAGAAAGAAACCUUUAUUUAUAAGCAACAAAAUAUUAAAACUGCAAAUCAAUCAUUUGAGAAGCAAUGAAAUAAGAUGAAGAACAAUGAAUUGCGCUUCCCUGAAUUGCUGUAUUGCAUCUUAUAGUGAAACAUGUAAUAAACGCGGAUCGGCUUCUGAAUGUGCAACAUCUACUUUGCUGAAAUUAUCGUCAUGGUAGGAAAAAAAAAAGAAAUGACGAUACCAGAACAUGAACGAGUACCUCACGUCCUUGAUCCGCCACCACGAUCUCCAGAUAUUAACCCAA